UCAACCGCUGCUGCUAUUACGUGGCAUUGAGUAACAUUGCAUUGACGAAAUUACUCCCCUACGAUUCCAAUAAUUACCUUCCUAUACAAUACCAAACCCAUUCCUUUUUCCCCUCUCUAAAGCAGGCCAAUUUUUAGAGUUUCCGUCCUCUCUCUCUCUCUCUCUCUUGUUUGUUGCUCCGCCGUCCAGUUAGUCGUCUCCGUCAUUAUGGUAUCCGGUUUGAUAAAUGCAAAUCCUGUUGUUUACGAGAAGAAAGAGCGGCGGCUUCGUAACGUAGCAACUCUACCUGAUGAAUACGUGGUGGAACCUAUUGACCAGCAAGAAAUUUUUGAUCAUAUUAGAGAUAUAAAGGAUCCAGAGCAUCCCUACUCUUUAGAAGAGCUUAAAGUAAUAACUGAAGAUGCCAUUGAAGUAGACGAUGAGCGUAGUUAUGUUAGGGUCACAUUUACUCCUACUGUUGAACAUUGUAGUAUGGCUACAGUCAUUGGUCUUUGCUUGAGAGUCAAGCUUAUGAGGAGUCUCCCUUCUCGCUACAAGAUGGAUAUAAGGGUUGCACCAGGAACUCAUGCAACUGAAGCUGCAGUUAAUAAACAACUGAAUGAUAAAGAACGAGUUGCAGCAGCACUAGAAAACCCAAACCUUCUGGAUAUGGUUGAUGAAUGUCUGGCUCCAUCGUAUGGUUGAAUGUAUCAUAUUACUAAAUGGAGUGGGAGAAAUUUUAUGUGUUUUGUAAAGGCCACUGGGUUUCUUUGUCACGUUUAUAUAAUUCCUUUUAUCUUUAUUUUACUUGUCUCUUUUGGUUGCCUUUACGUCAUGUUUGGCUCGCUGGAAUGGUCAGGCCAUUCUAGCACCAUUCCUGAUGAGAUGGUUAUUCUUGUGUUUGGUUCAUUUUUGCACUAAAGAAUGGCUAUUCCAUGAGAUUCCCUAUUCCUUAAGAUCACAUUUGUUUAGUGAAAUGGAAUAGAUGGAGAAUGGAAUAAUCAUUCUUUGAGGAUAGAAUAAGGUAGGAAUAGAAUAGAAGAAUUAUUAUGUAGUAUGGUUCAUGGAAUGAAAUUGUCAUUCAUACAUUAUUCCAAUGUUUGGUUGGCAAGAAUAACUUUGGAAUUACAAAAGAAUAAAUGAUAAAAGACAGAAAUAUCUUUUAUUAUAA